AUGACACCGUUUGUAACUCUCUUUCACUGGGAUCUUCCAAAUUGCUUACAACUGGAGUAUGGUGGCAUGUUAAGCGACCAAAUAGUGAAAGAUUUUGUUGAGUUCGCAGAGCUAUGCUUUCAAGAAUUCGGUAAUCGGGUGAAAUUUUGGACAACAUUCAACGAGCCAUGGAGCUACGUAGUUCAUGGAUAUACGCCUGGGGAUGACUUCAGUGAAGACGACACUACAGGCGACAACUCAACAACCGUUCAACGUUCAUCUCAAAGAGCUCGGAUGCACCUUCCUCCUAAUAGACUUUCUAGAAGAAUAAGACGAUUUGACUCCACAAUCGAAACCACUAGGGACACUUGGUUCCCUGUGAAUGAUCCGGCCACAGAUGCAUAUACUGCAGCAAGAAAUUUGCUUCUUUGCCACUCAGCAGCAGUCCAAUCGUAUAGACAGAAAUUUCAGAUGUAUCAAAACGGCAAAAUAGGAAUAGUUCUCAACUCCAAUUAUCAUUAUGCUUUCGACAGUACUUCACAGGAUGACCAAGAUGCUGUUCAAAGAGCCUUUGAUUUUAUGUUAGGCUGGUUUUUGGAACCUGUAAUAUAUGGUCAAUUUCCAGCAAGUAUGUUGCAAUACGCUGCGGGCAAUAUUGUGCCUUUCUCAGAUGAGGAAAAGAAAGGGCUCGCGGGCUCGGUUGAUUGG